AUGGACCACGACUUUGUACCUGCUCCUCCGGAGAAGCAGCCGCACAGGGCUCCAGGCCCAGGCCCCAGAACUCCCUUCUCUCGCAGCCACAUGCUGGGCCGCCAUACCCACCCAAAGCCUCCUGGAGAUGUGUCCCCCCUCAUCCCUGUCAUCAAGAAGAGUGUCCAUUUGGAUGCCUUUCCCCAGAGCAAUGUCCCACAGAAUUCUAACCAACCAAGCACUAGAUCCAGGGCCUGGAGUAUGUCCCAACAUGGCACUUCCAUGGGGCCCCUGAGUUCUCUGCCUCCCAAUAGCUGUAUGCCCAGGAAACUCAGCUCUGUUUCCUUAACGAUUCGCCAGAAUGUCCAGACAGGGCCCCGAGAGGCCUCGGUUCCUCACUGGGAAGAGAUGUCCAAUGUUGGUAAGGAGGCUGCCUCCCAGAGAGAAGGGAAGCUGUACUCCUUAAGGUCGCCACUCAUGAACCAGGUGUCAGAGGUCGGGACCUCCUCUGGAGGCCAUGAGAACCCAGACCUUACCAAAUCCAACAGGACACCCCCAGGGGAGAAGCCCCUGGUGUCUUCAUGUCUGGCUUUACCGUUCCCAGCUCGGGUCACUCAGAGUUCAUCAGGCCUUCCAAGGGCAGGCCCUGUGGGGCAAAUCUACACCAGAACCUCACCAGGAAGAGGCAAGCCCAGGCCCAGGGGUAUUCCCAGGUCCCGCGCGCACCUCCAAAGGGCCACCCCUGCUACAGGUUUAUCAUCUGUGGGCAGAAACUUAGGCACAGCAGCCAUCCACAGACCUGAGGUAGCUUUCAGUGUGUCCCCACCGAGCCCACCCAGACUGGGCAGAGGCACAGAGCUCCCUAUUCUAGAUGCCAAGAUGCACACAGUCACGGACAUACCUACAGCAUCCAAGUCAAGAAAAGCCACCGACUCGGUUAUAGCAGGCCGGCCCAGGUUAGGCACAGCCACAAACCUAACGAGAGCCGGGACAACCAAGCCAGGCCAGGUUAUGAGUUUGGUCACUUCAGACUCGGACAACCCGGAAAAUGUCAUGCUUACGGCCACGGAGGUCUCAAGCCCAGCUUUGUCACUAUCAGAUGAGGUCAAUCUUGGCAUCACCAGGUUGGACAGAGUCACAGAUUUGGCUGGAGGCAAUGUAGGCAAGCUGGACACAAGCACACAUUCUCCUGCGUCGGACCCCAGCAGACUGGGCAGGGCUGUGGAUUCAGCUGUGCUGCUCUGCCCAGACACAGCCAAUGAGGAGACCAACCUAGAUGCUGUCAGUAACCUGACCAUCCCAGGCACUGCCACCUACCUUCUAAUGCCAAGCAGAAGCACAGACCUAGCCCAGGACUAUGCCACUGUGGAUGGUGUCACAGACAGUGCCAUGGAGCCUGCCUCUCUGGACCUGGCCGGAGAACACAGAGGGCUCCCAGAGGCCAGGACGGACGCAGCCAUGUCAGAGCUGGUACCUGAGCCCAGGCCUAAGCCGGCGGUACCCAUGAAGCCGGUCAGCAUCAACUCCAACCUGCUAGGCUACAUCGGCAUCGACACCAUUAUCGAACAGAUGCGCAAGAAGACCAUGAAGACCGGUUUUGACUUCAACAUCAUGGUGGUUGGCCAGAGUGGGCUGGGCAAAUCAACGCUGGUCAACACGCUGUUCAAGUCCCAAGUGAGCCGGAAGGCCUCCAGCUGGAACCGGGAGGAGAAGAUCCCCAAGACAGUGGAGAUCAAGGCGAUUGGGCAUGUGAUAGAGGAAGGCGGAGUCAAAAUGAAGCUGACAGUCAUCGACACGCCGGGCUUCGGAGACCAGAUCAACAAUGAGAACUGCUGGGAGCCCAUUGAGAAAUACAUCAAUGAGCAGUAUGAGAAGUUCCUGAAGGAAGAGGUGAACAUUGCCAGGAAGAAACGCAUCCCCGACACGCGUGUCCACUGCUGCCUCUACUUCAUCUCCCCCACGGGACACUCCUUGCGACCUCUUGACCUUGAGUUCAUGAAACACCUCAGCAAAGUGGUGAACAUCAUCCCUGUGAUUGCCAAGGCCGACACCAUGACCCUGGAGGAGAAGUCCGAAUUCAAGCAGAGGGUUCGCAAGGAGCUCGAAGUAAACGGCAUUGAAUUCUACCCUCAGAAAGAGUUUGAUGAGGAUUUGGAGGACAAGACGGAGAACGACAAGAUCCGGCAGGAGAGCAUGCCCUUCGCUGUGGUGGGGAGUGACAAGGAGUACCAAGUGAACGGCAAGAGGGUCCUCGGGAGAAAAACACCCUGGGGGAUCAUUGAAGUGGAAAAUCUCAACCACUGUGAGUUUGCCCUGCUUCGAGACUUCGUCAUCAGGACUCACCUGCAGGACCUCAAAGAAGUAACACACAACAUCCACUAUGAGACUUACAGGGCCAAGAGGCUCAACGACAACGGGGGCCUCCCUCCGGUACUAGGAAAAACAAGAGAUGGAAGACCCGUGAUGAUCCAGUGAGAGAGGAGGGAAUGACCAGAUCAUGUGACCCUAAUCCUAUGGUCUCAGCCUUUCCUGGAGACUGCUGUAGCCAUCCAGCCCUCGUCCCUCACCUUGCUUUCCCCAUGAAGUCACUAGGGAGUAGGCACCUGUCAGGCUAGCGUGGCGGUGGUGUGAUAGAGCUUGCUGGCCACCCCAUUGAGCUGUCCUGUAUGGUGGCAUGGGAGUGGGCGCCUGGGGCCAGCAUGGAGUAAGGAUGGUGAGCUUUGGAGAGGCUAAGGAGGAGAACAUAGCGUGCCGGGCUUCCCUCAGCUGCGGGCUCACUCUCCCUGGACAAGCUGUGUUAUGUGUCUGCUGUCAGCUGCUGGUCUCCACACCCUCAACCAUUCUCAACUCCCCCUGCAGGGAGAAGGCCUCCUGGGCACUGUCCUUCCACCCGUGCUGGCCACCCCCUGCCCCACUGCUGAGUGAGUGACGGCCAUUUCAAGCGCUGCUUCUCCCUCAUUGCUCCCAGCUGUCAUUGCUGCAGGGCCAAGCCCCCUUUAGUGCUGUGCUUGUCCAGCCUACCACCUCAGCCCCUCUCAGCCCUCAGCAGGUGGGAGGGGCUAGCUGCCUCUUUAGGACGGUUGCUUCCUGUUCAGCCAAACUACUCCUCUCCUCCCAAUGGAUCGGAGUCCCCCCCCCCAGCACUGCCCUGCUCCAUCCUCUGUGUCAGCAACCCCAGCCCACGUGUAGGGCGAAGGGACUCAUCGAGAGCUUCUCGCCCUUGCAAGCCCAUGCCAUCGACUUGUAACCAUCUCCAAGGGACCCGACAUUGCUCCCUAGCCAUUCAUCUGCAUGAGUACUUUCUUGGCUCCCUUAAGCGGUCAAGAAAGCAACUUUUCUGCUUGUCAGAGUUGCUGAGGUCAGCCAUGUGUGGGACAAGGGUGUCUCCUUCAUUGCUUAAAGGUAUUUAUAAGGGUGAUUCGUUACGUAUGUUGGGGAGCAAGAGGGCUAGCGUCGCUUAAAAAAAAUAUCAUUGCUGGUGGCUGGCCCAGUGAGUAAUGUGUGUAGACAACCUGUCCUCCCCCCAAAAAAAUAGGGCCACUUGGGAAGUGUUUUUCCUGAAGAGAGGUUGCUGGAGUUGACUUCCUUAUUUAUCCUCAAACUUAAAAAAAAAAAAAAGGGAAGUCAAUUGAACACACACAUGAACCACCCCAAACCCACAGCUAUAUACUCUAGGGAGAAAAAUAGCACCCUUUCGUACAUUUAGCAAUAAGAGGGAUCUCUUCCCACCUACCCUGACUAUCCCUCUCCUCCCCUGCCCCCCCCCCCCCGUUAAUGUGAGCAAUGCAUUAGCCUGGCCACAGGUGGUCACUACAGGCUAAUGGAAAAUACCCAAUGGAGGGCAAAGCCUCCUUCAGUUGCAUGAAUGUUUGCGAGUGUCGGCUGCCACUGCCCCACAUACUGUGUCUUUACAGAGCCCCCCCUCAGCCGCCCCGCCCACCAUCUUCACCUGGACACAACUUGCUCAAAAGCUGGUGACUUGUGGGCCAUUCAUCUGCAAGUCCUGAUGGAACAAGAGGCCCAAGCCUAGGGGAUGCUAGAACGACCCAUUUUUAAAAUGGUAUUAGUCCCAGCCAAUGUUUUGGUGACAUUCCAGUUUAAUUUCCCAACCGAAAACAAGCCAACAGACACCAGGACUGGUCAUGUAAAUGUUGCUAGCCUCUGUGUUGUACAACUAAACAUUACUGUUUGAACGAUAA